CAAUGGAUAGAUCCAGAUUCUCCUCAGCGCUUGGAAGACCUUCAGGGGACGACAAUCAAAGAGUAAUAAAUGACAGAAGAGAACUAGAGGACGACCCCCAUUUCAGAGAUCCAAGCAUCAAUAUUUUUAGAAACGAAACUUCAUUUACACACUCUCCAAUUUUACCUAGAAAUGAUAGAAGAAGACCCAGGGAUUACGAGAGAAUAUACAAUCUGACAACAAGAUUUCCGAGAUUAGAGAUGAGAAAUUUGCUUUUCAGAGACUUUAAUUAUCCAAAUGGAAGAAAUGAUAGUCUAGUUUCAGGACUUUCGAGAGAAAUUCAGGAAGAGGCUAAAGAAAUUCCAGAUGAAGCUGUGGGAGAGGACAAAAAGGGGCCUGAUCUAGGUAUUCUCACCUGCACUAUUUGCUACAGUAAAGAAUUCAAAGGGAUCAUGAUUUGAAGGUUCUGCUCCUCAACAGCAUGAAAAUUGUGCUGGGACAAGAUCAUGACCAAUGAAAAAUAAAUGCCCUUUCUGAAGAAAGAUGAUUUACCAUUCAGACCUAAUUAAAAGUAAACUAGCUGAUGAGCUUAAAGAGAUCCAAGAGAAAGAAGCUGAAGCUCAUGAUAAGACAUGUCCAGAGCAUGGAACUGACGGUAGCAUCUACUGCAAAGAUUGUAGCCACUUUCUAUGAGUCCAGUGAUUAACUGCAGGCAUCCAUACUGGACACUCAUUAGCAGAUAUUGAGAAGGAUCAAGCUCUGAAAAAUGAUCUGAUAAAAAUGCAACACUUAAGGAGCAAAAUUGAAUCUUCAUGAAGUUCGUUGAAGGAAGCUAUUCAAGAUCAUUCUGAAUAUUGGAAUGUAGAAUCAUACCAACUUGACCAAAUGGCUCAGCAUUACAAGGAUACAAUUAUCACCAAGAUUGAUAGAUACUUCGAAAAGGCUAAAGAGAAACUAAUUAACGAAAAGUUAAAGCUUCAAAAAGCUACUAAUGAUCUAUCAAAUAUUCAGCAAGUGCAGGAGGAGGUUUUUACUCAGCAUUACCAAAAGCUUGGCUUCGAUAAUCUACACCAAAAGGUGAAUGACUCAUUAACCACAAGCAAUGCAGCUAAUAUAAUCGGCUCCCAGGAUACCCAGACCUUGACUGCUCCAACUCAAGAUGACAUGAAAGACCACUAUGAGCUUACAUCCUUCAAGAAGGAAGGAGAGAAUUGCUCAUCAGAGAUCAAGAAGAAUCUAGAAUUGUGCUUUAAGGACGUCUUCAAAUAAUUUGUUCAAUAAAGUUGCUUUCAAUAU